CCGUUUCCUUUCUUCGGUUUUAAAUCCCCAAAUUCACCCAAAAUCCCUCCACGAUGGCUGAUAAAAAGAGAUCGAAAACUCCCAAAGAGUUCGCUAUUGAUUUCAUGAUGGGAGGCGUCAGCGCGGCCGUCUCAAAGACUGCCGCCGCCCCAAUUGAACGUGUCAAGCUUUUGGUCCAGAACCAAGGCGAGAUGCUCAAGCAAGGUCGCCUCGCGACGCCGUACGGCGGUGUCCUGGACGCUUUUAGGCGGACUAUAGCCGAUGAGGGUGUCGUCUCUCUAUGGAGAGGUAACACGGCCAAUGUUAUCCGAUACUUCCCUACGCAGGCUUUGAACUUUGCCUUCAAGGACUACUUCAAGUCCUUGUUUGGUUUCAAAAAAGAAGCUGGAUAUUGGACGUGGUUUGCGGGAAAUGUGGCCUCUGGUGGAGCCGCUGGAGCGUCGUCCUUGUUAUUCGUUUACUCUCUUGAUUAUGCUAGGACACGACUUGCCAACGAUGCUAAAUCGACUGCCAAGGGCGGCGGGGAGCGUCAAUUCAACGGUCUUGUAGAUGUCUACAAAAAAACUCUUGCUUCUGAUGGUAUCGCUGGGCUCUACCGUGGUUUUGUUCCCUCCGUCGUCGGUAUCAUUGUCUACCGUGGUCUCUACUUUGGCGUCUACGACUCUCUCAAACCUGUCGUCCUGGUCGGCGCGCUUCAAGGCUCCUUCUUGGCUUCUUUCCUUCUUGGCUGGAGUGUAACCAUCGGAUCUGGAUUGGCUUCGUAUCCAUUGGAUACCAUUCGUCGUCGUAUGAUGAUGACCUCGGGCUCUGGUGUCAACUACAAGUCUAUGUUCGAUGCUGGUUCUCAGAUCAUUGCCAAGGAGGGUACCGCCUCAUUGUUCAAGGGUGCAGGUGCAAACAUUUUGAGAGGCGUUGCUGGUGCUGGUGUUCUCAGCUUGUACGAUCUUUUCCAGGAGAAGGUAUUCGGAAAGGUCUAUGCUGGUGGAUCUGGUUGAUUGAACUUCGUAAACUGUCUGAUUGUGUGCUACUUUUUGCCUUCAUGGCUUCAUUGUCCUCGGAACUGUUAUUAGCUAGAACUUCCGAUCUUUUGUCCUUCGACAAGUGUAGCCACUAUAAUCAAAUUUUCUUUUUUUUCUAUUU